UAGCGGCACACAACAUUCAGAGCUCGGACCUGUACGGGUUCAAUCGGCGAACCUUGGUCAUCCGUUCCAACACUCGUUUCUUCGGUCUCAGCCUCCAUGUCCAUGACUUGUUUUGGACCAGCCGGUCCGACUUCAUAGGAAUAAACGCAAAAUCACAAGAGAGCCAGGGGUCUAACCGAAUUCUUGCCGACGGUUUCUCGAAUCUAAGAGGCAUAGCCAUGUAUGGGGCUGGCUUACGGACCGACGUUACGAACGCUUGCACAGAUAGCGGUUGCAUGGACAUGUGUCUAGCUCGCCCCGGAGGAAGAACUUGCAUCUGUAGAGCAUACUUCGUCCUACAGAGCGAUAACACCACGUGUGCUCCUCCUGAAAUAAAGGCCCCGAGCUACCUUUGGAUCAGUCUUUUGGAGGGAGGCACGACAGUGGUCCGUAUGUUUGAAGGGAACAGCAGCAGCAUUAGAGCGCUAGCACAACAAACCGUCACGGUCACCAACCUGCUGGCUGCAAAGUCUCCGUCAAUCGUUGUGUCCCUUGACUACGACAUACGUCAGGGUCUUGUUUUCUGGAUUGAUGUCGGACUGAAGGAAAUACAACAGGUUAAUGUCAGGACUGGAAAGGUAACAGCACUGAAGACUGAGAUUUCGACUGGAGCAGAGGUUCUCGCUACCGAUUGGGUCAACCAAAAUCUCUACUACACCGACUUCAACUACAAUAGGAUAGUCAUGAUCUCAUAUAGCUCAGACAGCAGCAACGGUAACAGUCACAUCAUCUCUGAAACAGGUCUGGAUAAACCAAGAGGUAUCACCGUGGACCCAACAGCAGGAUUGUAUUUUGCCGACACCGAGUUGGACACCAUCUCUUCAUGUGACUUUGAUGGCGGCAAUCGGGAAGAGUUUUACUCUCUGUCCGGGACACAUUUCUACGACAUCACUUUUGACGGUGAAGAGAUAAUGGCCACUGAUUGGUCUGACAGUACCAUCAACUUCAUCCACAACUCACGGAACAUCCUAGCCUACGGUGCCGGGUCUGUCAAUAGGGUGUUGGGGGUAGAGUUCUACCACGAGAGCAGACAGCCAAGUGGACAAUCUGACUGCCAGGUUAACAAUGGCGGCUGUCAGCACACCUGUGUCGGGGAUCAAAGUGGACACAAGUGUCUCUGUCUACCUGACUACAACCUGGCGGAAGAUCAGAAGACGUGUGUGCAAAAUGGUCACCUCUUCGACAAGGCUCUCCUUGUGUCCACGGAUGAGGGCAUACUGCGGUUCCCACACAAUCUAGUCGACCUUCCUAAAACUGCGGACUCUACAUCGACUGUCUUGGUGACGGGAGGGAAGACUGUUGCUAUGGAUUUCAAUUUCAACGAGAAAGCCAUCUACUACGCAGAAGACGUCAACGGUCAAAUGCAGAACAUCAAAAAGUUCGAACUGGCAAGAAGUAGCUCUGUUGAAAUCUACUCGGGAGGACAAGGAAUAGCAGGAAUAGCCGUUGACUGGGUUACGUCUAACGUAUACUGGACGGAGGGUAGUACUAAUGGCUCGAUCUCUGUUGCUCGACUGGAUGGAAGUUCUAGGAAAAUUCUAAAGGAACAUCUGAAUGACCCAAGAGGGAUCGCUGUACAUCCAGGACUGAAAUUGCUUUAUUGGACGGAAGUUGGUGGUUCCACCCCUCGUAUUUCCCGUUCUACUCUCGCUGGAACCGAACAGGAAGUCAUCAUUUCGUCAAAUCUUGGAAUAGCCAUAAGCAAGCCGACUGCUCUCUCCAUCGACUUCCUUAAUAGCAGAGUUUACUGGGCUGACAGUGACACAGGCACCGUCAUGUCGUCAAACCUUCGCGGUAAGGAACCCCAACAACACUGGUCAAGCAACGGCGGAGAACUCUUCGGAAUAGCCGUCUACAAGGACUUUAAUUUCUGGACGGAUCGUACGAACCGGACCGUCAGUAUCGGGUUGAGGAGCACGUUAGAAAAGACGGUCCAGCUUCAGACAACUCCUCACAGCGUCCGCGUGUUCGACGGCAGUGAACAGCCACUCUCUAGAGGUCCAUGUGAUCUUCAAAAUGGCGGCUGUAACGAGUUGUGCCUGCCGACAACCACGGACCGUAAAGUCUGCGCCUGCGCAGAGGGUCAUCAGUUGAAGCCAGACGGUUUAACCUGCAUCAACCCUGCCAAUGUACCGAAAACAACACCUGCAGUUACAACCCAAGCAAGAACAACAACAGUUGCAUCACCAGUACGAGCCACGUCCUGCACGAAGGACACCCUACCGCCGGUCACUAACGGUGAAUUCGGCCGCUGUCCAGUCACAGCAAACGUCAUGAAGUGCUAUGUCGUCUGUCGGCCUAACUACAGACCAACCGCCAGGACCAUCACAUGUCUACCAGAUGGCAACUGGAACAUAACUACGGAGUACGCCUGUGCAAGAGCUGAAACACCGGAUGCAGUUUCCAUCCCCGUGUCCUUCAACAUUCCAAACGUCCCUUGUACCAAUGACGUCUCAACGCUACGCUCAGCAAGGAUAAGUCUCAUCAACAACUUUCGACGGCAAGGAAUCUGCCAAACAGCUUUGCAAACUAACGUUGACUUGUGCAAUGCUGAUCAAAUAGCAGUGUCAUGUUCUGACAGCAGUACACGAAAGCGAAGAGCACCAGAACACGUUGGUGUUCUCCAACUGUUGGCAGCAAUGUCAAAAGAUAGUCACAGUCGUAAGCCUUCGGCUAAAAUAACAUUGAUGAAUGAGGCUAAAGAAUCCAUCCUACAAUAUAAGGAAGCAUAUAGAAAGAAGCGAGAAUUAGGUCUCGAAGAGAAAGACAUUGCUUCAUCAUUGACAGUGGGUAACAACGAUGACGUAGUGAUGCAUUUGGUCAAGAAAGAUGUGGUCGGAGUCGGAGAAAGCAGAAUCUGGUCAGACAGGGUCAAACGAGCCAGCAACGGUUUGGACGUGGACAUUGAGGUCAAGGCUACUCCGGACACGUCGGACGGAAACGUUGAGGACAGCAUCAGCAAAGCUCAGGCCAAAGUACAGGAUGUUGUAGAUGAGAUCAGGAUGGAGGUGACGUCAGGGAACGUUGCCGUAAAUGUAGAUGGGCAGACCUACCCGGCAGAUCAAAACUCAUUCACGGCAAAGGCUUUGAAGUAUGAAUGUCCAAGCGGAACCGUGGAAAUAGAUGGAGGCUGUGGGUCAGUACCACAGAAAGACGGAACCAAUACCGCAGCUGUGGCAGUUGGUGUCAUCGUGGCCUUGCUGCUUUUAGGUGCCAUCUCGCUAGGUGGCUACAUAUACUACCGCAGACAGCAGCGCAAGCUACCAGGACAAAACGUCCGACUCAAAGACUUGGAGACGCAGGAGAAUCCAGUAUAUGGCAUGGGCGAAUCCCUUCCCUACAACACAGGUCUAAGGCUUGAAGAAGGUGCCGAUGGUGGGUUCCUAGACCUGACCAAAGCUCAACCCGAAAACGUCGUGGAAAUAGAAGCUUUGCCCGAGAAGCUUGCUCUGUCUUCACCCGAUAUGGAGGGCGGAUUUGAUGACGGCAAGCUUUCCAAAGAAGAUGCGGCACAAGACGAGCACGUGGCGCCCGCUCCAAGUGCACCAAUCGCUGUGAACGGCGUCGCCAAUCUCUCAGUUGACGGAUUGAAGAAAAUCGCCAACUGGGAAACUUUCAAUGACGGUAAGCCGCUCUCCGAGGCUCCAUCUCCACCGGAGUACGAGGGUGCUGUUCCCGGUGCACCCUCGGCACAACAGCUCGGUACCGAUCCCGCGGACGUAUCUCCCAACGACUGGGAGACAUUUGAAGACGACAAGCUGGCAAAGGAAGCUGCCGCCGCCCAACAAGAGCUGGAGACCGAGACUCCGGGCGAUUACACCGAACCGGGAGGUAUAAGCAACCCUAUGUAUGCCUCCAAGGGACAAGGAAAUGCGUAA